UUCGGCCUUCCACACACUGCUUCUCAUCUGUGUUGCACGGAGGUUGUGAUUUCAACAUUAGUGGUUGUCAGCCGCAUUUGUUUGUUUACACAAACUUAUUCUAAUGAGGCACUUCCCCUAAUGGAAACGAGCCGGAAGUACACUGACGUCAAAGCAGAGCGCCACUUCAUGUCACGUGACGGCACUUAAAAACUCCACUUUCAACGUGCAAUUAUUCACACCCCCUACAAUAAAACGCUCCCUACUUAUACAAGACAUACUUUAUUACAUGUUGUGACUAAAGACACAAAGACUACAUGUAACUUCUACUUUUAUUUUUACGUUUUGCAGACCACAACAACAACAGCAGCAGCAGCAAAAGUUGAUCCACCUGAAAAAGGUCAAUAAAACGAACUCACCUGUGUCACACAAGCAGGUGUGUACACAACGAAGGAGAACGACGGCAAGAACACAAAGAAGUCCACGCCACGCAGUCAUGAGUGAACAAGACAGCCGAGUGGAGUUGCAUGCGGGUCAAAGGCGCACAAAAACAUGGGGAAAUAUUUAUUUUUGCUGGUUCUGGUGCUCUGCAUAAGCGAUACGCUCCAGAAGAAAGGUAAAACCAAAUUAAGCAAUCAAGAGCAGAAGAACACAUCUGAGGUUUUGCUUCCCAGAACUUUCAAAGGAAAACCACCGGCGCAGACCCGCUUCUUCUCUCUGAACGGGACGCAGCUUCCCGCCUCCUCGCCUCCCAGACUCCGGUUGCUAAGCAACAGCACCGCGGGGUAUCUGGACGGCCCGCUGAGCACCAAAAUCCUUCCCGCCGCCUACGUGCUGGUCGUGGCCGUGGGGGUCCCAGCCAACGUGGCCAUCCUGAGCGCGCUGGCCGCCAAGGUGCGCACGGUGUCGUCUGCCGUCCUCUACAGCAGCCUGGCCGCCUCCGACCUCCUCCUGCUCGUCUCGCUCUUCUUCAAGGCCCACUACCAUCUCCGCGGCAACCACUGGGUGCUGGGAGAGGGCGCCUGCCGGUUGGUGACGGCUUGUUUCUAUGGCAACCUCUACUGCUCGGCCCACACGCUGGCCUGCAUCAGCAUCCAGCGCUACCUGGCCGUGGCGCACCCCUUCACGUACAAGCGGCUGCCCAAGCGCCGCUACGCCGCCUGGACGGCGGCGGCCGUGUGGGGGGUGUUCGUCGCCGCCGUCCUCCCCCACCUGCUGGUGCAGCAGAGCUUUCGGAUCCCCGAGCUGGGCCGCACCACCUGCCACGACGUGCUGCCGCUGGACCUCGGCUCCCACGUCUUCCUGCUCCGCUACAACCUCGUCCUGACGCUGGCGGGACUCCUGGGCCCGCUGGCGGUGACGGUUUUAUGCUACGGGCGAAUCAUGUGCGAGCUGCGGCGAUCGCAUCUGGACUGGGCCGUCUACAUGAAGGCCAUUUCUCUGGUGUUCGCUAUCUUCUUGGUGUGCUUCACGCCCGCCGGGGUGGUGCACUUCCUCCAUUACGUGCAGCUUUUUGUGGACGGCACCGAGGGUUCCUACGUGGUCUUCAACGUGGCCGUGUGUCUGUGUUGCGUUCACGCCUGUUUGGACCCCUUCCUCUUUCUCCUAAUGUCCAAAUCUGCUGGAUCCAGGUUGUACUACAUCGCCUCGAAGCCAAGAAGGCUCAGCGUGUCGUCCUGACAAAUUUGACCGAUUGGGUAUCUCCGUAUGGUUUGGUUUUGUAACACACAUACUGUAUUUUCAAGUCAUUGGUCAUUCCAUAAUAAUAUGAGGGGAUUUGGACAAAAUAAUUACAUAUCAUGGAAAGUCCUGGCCUUUAAUAUGAGCUGCUCUAUUUUCGUGACUCGCGCAAAUCCAGCGCCGUGCUCGGCGUAAGACUGCGAGGAGGCGGGCCUGGUCCGGUUUUGGACCGGCGUACCCCCACAGUGCAUUUAACAAUCCUGUCCAAUCGAAGCGGCUUCUCUCAUUGUCUUUAAAGGCGACGCAAUAGUAGUGCACCGAGACGUCUCUAUUUGCGGAUGACGACGCAGCGAUCUGUGCGUGACUGGAGUAUUGCAAGUUCGCGGGUACCCUUAUCAAAUACAGAAUGAGCUUGCAAUAUAAAGUCGAUAUGGUUUGUUGCAAAAUGGAUUUUUGAUCGUGUUACUAGUUUUUUAACUGUUUGGCUUCUUGAUACUGGUCAAGGUGAACCUCCACGAAAACCCUUUGGCGUUCACGAAUGUUUGCACUUUUGAAACCAUGCAAUAUGACUCUGUGUAGGUUUGUACAGUAUGAGCAGGACCCUCAUACAAAUACAUCAUAAGAAAGCUUUAUGUAGCCACAAAGAUGUAAAUAAACUUUUUCGUUCACAAUUUUUUUCACCUACGUUGAAGUUUGCAGGGAAAUGUCUUGACAAAUGUUAGCAGUGUUUUAUUUUUGCAUGUUAAUACAGCUAAUAUACGUCUAUUAGACAAACACAUUUUACAGUAUUUGCUAUCUCCUCUCUCAUGGAAGAGGAAUUUCCUGGACUUCCUGUGAGAGGAAGCAGUGAGACACGCCCGCAAUCACAAAAACCCAGAGCGGCACGACUGGGAAUAAAAUGAAGUCAUGCUCGUC